AAAAAAUAAAGUAAAAAGCCGAACAGCAUUUUGAAUAUUAUUCGGUGUGCGGUUUGUGUUAAUAAUUAUUGCUGAAUGAAAAACAAAUUCCUACAAAUGUGUUAACAAGAGUGUUUGCAGCCGCCGCGUUAAAAAGUUUACAACAAAACGGCACAAAAAAUAACGAAAACUGGAAUUUGUGAUAAUUGUUUUUUGAAUGAACGAGCGGGCGAUGUAGCGAGGGGAGAAAAGUGCAAGAUAACAGAUUUUGUUCGUUUUCCUGAUAAGCGAUACAGCGCGCAUCUUUAUCUCGGCCAUAAAAUUCGCUGAUACUGCAUAAAAAGUGUAAUGUUCGAAAGCUCUGUAUUUUGAUAUGCGACCGUUGGAGAUUAGCUUGGUUACUCGAGUCAAAGCGGGUAAAUAAUGCCAACCGCAACAACAAGAAGCACAAAGUGAACAAUCUAAAACAGCCAAAAAGCAAACCAAUUAGGAAAAAACAGUGCAAAAAUCUAAUACAAAUUGAGAAAAAAGGAAAGAACGCCAAGAUCGUGUAAAAAUAAAAAGUUUAUCUAGCAAAGCUGAGCGCCGACGUGGGAGGCAUCCGCAGUGAGAACGUCGGAUAAACACACAUAUAGGCGAAAGCGGAAAGCGAAGAGUGGAGAGAUCGGAUAAGGAAGGCCAGUCCGUAUUCCGCUAACAACAAAUAUAUAAAAGCCAUACAUGAUACAUAUACCUGAUAGCGUCUGACACAGGAUCCACAUGUGUAUAUGCUACCUCAAAAUUGGAUAUCUUGUGGUAAAAUUUAUUCGACAGAAAUAAGCGAUAAAUCCGCAGAGCUGUUUUCCUGGCCUCGAUAAUAGCUGCACAAUAUUAAAAACAAUAAUACAAACAACAACACAAAAAUCAGUGUGAGACUCUGUUGGAACCCAUAGGCGUCGCGCUGAACGGCCCCCGGCCUAAGGGGCCAUGACGCGUUGGCCCUUUAAUCUACUUCUCUUGCUGUCGGUGGCGGUACGCGACUGUAGCAAUCAUCGCACGGUUCUCACAGUUGGCUACCUAACGGCUCUCACUGGCGACCUCAAAACGCGCCAGGGGCUGGCCAUAUCCGGCGCCCUGACAAUGGCCCUGGAUGAGGUCAACAAAGAUCCCAAUCUGCUGCCAAAUGUGACGCUGGACCUGCGCUGGAAUGACACCAAGGGUGACACGGUACUGGCCACCAAAGCCAUCACCGAGAUGAUAUGCGAUGGCAUCGCCACCAUUUUCGGGCCGGAAGGACCUUGCUAUGUGGAGGCCAUCGUCUCACAGAGUCGCAACAUUCCAAUGAUUUCCUAUAAAUGUGCAGAGUACCGUGCAUCCGCCAUACCGACGUUUGCCCGCACCGAACCGCCAGACACGCAGGUCGUCAAGUCACUGAUUGCCCUGUUGCGCUAUUAUGCGUGGAACAAGUUCUCUAUUUUGUAUGAGGACGUCUGGGCUCCCGUGGCGGAUCUGCUUAAGGAUCAGGCAAUGGAGCGGAACAUGACCAUCAACCACAAGCAGUCCUUUAUAGACAAUCGGGCCAAAUGCUGUGAGAAGUUUAUGGACUGCUGUCGAUCUGGAUAUUGGUAUCAGCUGGUGCAAAACACGAUGAACCGCACAAGAAUCUACGUUUUCCUGGGUCAGGCUAAUAGUCUGGUGGACUUUAUGAGUUCCAUGGAGACCGCUGGAUUGUUUGCUCGUGGCGAGUACAUGGUGAUAUUUGUUGACAUGAUGGUUUAUUCCGAGAGGGAGGCGGAGAAAUAUUUGCGGAAGGUAGAUCAAAUAGCCCAAAUGUCCAAUUGCCACAGCACAGAGAAUUUCAACCAACUGGCCCGUAGUCUGCUCGUCGUUGCCUCCACACCGCCAACUAAAGGUUACGCCCAGUUUACCGAGCAAGUGGAGAAGUACAACUCGAAGGAUCCGUUUCAUUUCGAUAUUCCAAAACUAUUCGUUGACAGUAAAUUUACAAAGUUUAUAUCCAUCUAUGCCGCAUACCUUUACGACUCUGUGAAGCUUUAUGCUUGGGCUGUGGACAAAAUGCUUCGCCAGGAGACGCGAGUACUGACCGAUGAAGUGAUCUUUGAAGUGGCCAGCAACGGCACUCGAGUCAUCGAUACCAUUAUAAAGAAUCGUACUUACAUGAGCAUCACUGGAUCUACGAUUAAGAUUGAUCAGUACGGCGACUCGGAGGGCAACUUUUCAGUCCUGGCCUACAAGCCUUACAAGUGGAACAACUCGAACGGCAUUGCUUGCAACUACCACAUGGUUCCCGUAGCGUAUUUCCAUCAAGGCGAAGAACUUCCAGAGUACAAGCUCAUCAACGGCUCCAUAGACUGGCCCUCAGGCGGCGAGAAGCCCACAGAUGAACCUAUGUGCGGAUUUGCUAAUGAGCUGUGUAAAAAGGACGACACCCACUACACAUCCACUGUGGCCGCCGUUGUCCUGGGCGUGUUGCUCUUUUGCUCUGGGGUGAUCACCAUGAGCAUCUACCGCAAGUGGAAAAUUGAGCUGGAGAUCGAGGGUUUACUCUGGAAAAUUGACCCGAACGAGAUUAAGGGUUAUUCCGGCAACGAGAUUGUCUCAUCACCCAGUAAGGUCAGUUUAAUGAGCGCCCAGAGUUAUGGCUCUCGCUGGACGAACCAGUUUGUGACCUCCUCGGGUCGUCUGCGCGGCGCUGUGGUCCGCAUCAAGGAGCUAAAGUUUCCAAGGAAGCGUGACAUUUCCAGGGAGAUUAUGAAGGAGAUGAGGCUGCUGCGAGAGCUGCGUCACGACAACAUCAACAGCUUCAUUGGCGCCAGCGUGGAGCCGACACGCAUUCUGCUAGUCACCGAAUACUGCGCCAAGGGCAGUCUGUACGACAUCAUCGAGAACGAAGACAUCAAGCUGGAUGAUCUUUUCAUUGCAUCACUCAUCCACGACCUCAUCAAGGGCAUGAUCUACAUACACAAUUCCCAACUGGUUUACCACGGCAACCUUAAAUCCUCGAAUUGUGUGGUCACCUCGCGCUGGAUGCUCCAAGUAACAGAUUUCGGGUUGCAUGAGUUGCGCCAGUGCGCCGAGAAUGAGUCCAUUGGAGAGCACCAGCAUUAUCGAAAUCAACUGUGGCGUGCUCCGGAACUGUUGCGUAACCAUAUCCACGGCAGCCAGAAGGGCGACGUCUACGCCUUUGCCAUCAUUAUGUACGAGAUAUUUAGUCGUAAGGGUCCCUUCGGACAAACCAACUUUGAACCAAAGGAAAUUGUAGACUACGUUAAGAAGCUGCCGCUCAAGGGCGAGGAUCCGUUUCGGCCGGAGGUGGAGUCCAUUAUAGAGGCAGAAUCCUGUCCAGACUACGUGCUGGCCUGCAUCAGGGACUGCUGGUCUGAGGAGCCCGAAGAGCGUCCCGAAUUCAGUGUCAUACGUAAUCGAUUGAAAAAGAUGCGCGGCGGUAAGACCAAAAAUAUCAUGGACCAAAUGAUGGAAAUGAUGGAAAAGUACGCCAAUAACUUGGAGGACAUUGUCAGCGAGCGUACGCGUCUCCUGUGUGAGGAGAAGCUAAAGACGGAGGAUCUGCUCCAUCGAAUGCUGCCGCAAUCGGUGGCCGAGAAGCUGACCAUGGGCCAGGGAGUUGAGCCGGUGUCCUAUGAUUUGGUUACUAUCUAUUUUAGCGACAUUGUUGGCUUCACAGCAAUGUCGGCGGAGAGCACACCGCUGCAAGUGGUGAACUUUUUGAAUGAUCUCUACACGGUGUUCGACCGCAUCAUACGCGGCUAUGAUGUAUAUAAGGUGGAGACGAUAGGCGAUGCCUAUAUGGUGGUCUCGGGUCUGCCCAUUAAGAAUGGGGACCGUCAUGCCGGCGAGAUAGCGUCGAUGGCUCUGGAGCUGCUUCAAGCUGUGAAGCAGCACCGCAUUGCUCAUCGUCCCAACGAGACGCUGAAGCUGCGGAUCGGGAUGCACACGGGUCCGGUGGUAGCCGGCGUGGUUGGCCUCACAAUGCCGAGGUACUGUCUAUUUGGGGACACGGUCAACACAGCUUCGAGGAUGGAGAGCAACGGCGAGGCGCUGAAAAUCCAUAUUUCGAAUAAGUGCAAGCUGGCGCUGGACAAGCUGGGCGGCGGCUACAUAACCGAGAAACGCGGCCUAGUAAAUAUGAAGGGCAAGGGCGAGGUGGUCACGUGGUGGCUAACCGGAGCCAACGAGAACGCGAUACAAAAGAAGCCGGUGGACAUGAUGGACAUGCCGCCUCCGCUGUUCAGUCGUCCGCGAAAAAGUCCCAAGCUGAAUCCCGACUCUCGGCAGCCCAGCAUCCAGGCCAUGCACUUCUGCGGCACCGGAUCGAGGCGUCAGAGCAGUGUGCCUAGGCCUGCGGACCUGGAAUCCACCUACAGCCUGCAGGGGUCUGUGCGGGACUCGCCACGCAUGGUCAGCAAAAGGGACAGGGAUCGGGAGCGACCCUCCAUCAAUGGUUUGGGCUUGGGAGGACACUUUGUGGGCGGAGCACUCCUCGAAUCCGCCCAGCCUUCGCUCAGCACACUGAAUCAUUCCGAAACAAACGAAACGAACUGUGAUAUGGAUGGGGGAUUGGGAGGAGGAGUGUCGGGAUCAGGAUCUGGAUCUGGAUCUGGACUAGUUCGUCAGCCCAAUGCGCUGCACAAGCCGUUGGCCAUGGUCCGUCCGCACCGGAUAAUCAGUGCCGCCCAGUUACCGCAGCUGGGCGACCACGAGGAUGACAACACCGCAGAGAUGCUGUUGCGCGAAUCCCGUUCCCUGGACCCCAUGCCCAUGCAGCACCUGCGAAAGCGGCACGACAGGGUCAAGCUGCCGCCCUCUAAGCUGUCGAAGAACAAUUCGCGAUCGCUGGACACAGGCGUAUCGCUGAUCAGUGGUAAUCCCAACGGCGAAGCAGAGACGACGAGUCAGGAUAUGGACAUGGAUGACGAGAUGUCCGCCAAUCCGGUCGAUGCCAACGAUGGCUACGACGAUGAGCUGGGCCUACUUAUGCGCCACGACAACGGACAGCUGCCCUCGCUUCGUUAUUCGGGCAGUUUUCCAAGUGCCCAAGUCAGCAUUGUUCCUGCAGGAGGAGGGGGUGGUAGCAGCAGCUCCGGAAGAACCAACUGUGGCAAGCACCUGAACAACAACUGCAACGGCGGCGUGAACAUAGAGGAUGAUCUGGAAUCGCCGCUGCUUCAACGGCAGGCAUCGCUCUCGGUUCCUCCGGAGGAGAUGCUGGCGCACAACAAGCGCUGGCAUUCCUUGGAACACAUGGAUGGACCCGGUGGCCAUGGCGGCAAUAGCGUGAGCUACGCCGCCGACAUUGAAAACCGCCAACCUGGAGGCAGGGGUCUGGACUUUCUUAGCGGAUCAUCCUCCAGUCCCCAGCACAGAAAUAGAGCCGGGGGCAGCAGCAAACUCACCAACUGGAUGUCCAACUUUUUCAAGGGCAACGGCGUGCGCAGUGGCGAGGCUAGGCGAGUGGGAAUCCUGCCCAGCGGUGUGCAGGGAGCACGAACCGGAUUCACUGACAUGGCGGCGGCGGCGGCGUCGGCAACCCGGGAUCGUGAGAGUAUAGUGUAGAAAAUAGCGAGAAAGCGGAGUUAUAACUAUGAUAGGAGGAGCGUAUAAACCAGCACGAAGGCUGGAGAGGAGGAGGUGGUAAAGUUACUCAGGAACCGUGUCGAGCAGGAAACGAUCGUCUUUGGCUUAUUUCUUUGUAUUUUAUGUAAAUGUAUUGUAGUUUGUAUCGAUCGAACGAUUUGUGUGUUUGUGUCUGAGAUUCUCCUUCACCCAUAGGCCUGAGGAAGAAGCCUGUUCUGAAUCAAUUUGCUUUGCAGUUGCGCGAUUUUAUGUCUUGUGGAAAUCCAACUAACCCUAUAGAAAUCCAAAUAAGUCCUGCGAUUUGGAAGAUAUACCACGUAUGCCAAUGCUGAAGCGCAACUAAUUAUUAACCUAACUCUACAUUGGAGAUAUUUGAUAACGGUACAAGCAUACACAUAUUGGAGAUAUUUGAUAACUCUACAUGCAUGCACAUAUUGGAGAAGCCGAAAAAACCGUCUAGUCACAAGGUCUUCAGACUAGUAAUUGUUUUAUAUAAAAUAUACACACCCACACAUCUAAAUGUACGUUUGUAAAUGUAACACACACACACAUAUUUAUGUAUAUGACGACGAAGAAUCAAAAUCAAAUAUUUUAUGUAAAUGAAGUCAAAAUUUUUGCUUUCUAUACAAAGGGAUGCACAGCAAAUAAAACAUAAAAAGGAAUACAAAUUAUGCUUAAUACAGAAACUAGUUAAUUUAUAUAUGUAUGUAUUGGAAAAGAAAACUGAGGGGGAGAAAUGUAAUGUAUCGAUGUGUAUCAAUGCUAGUAUAUAAUUAGGUGCGCGUGAUUGUACGUAAUUUUUAAGUCCCUACAACUAAAAGCAUAAUUUUAAUGAACUAAAUCAUUUGAACGAGAAAUGUGAGCAGAGAAGUGCCAGAAAAGGCGCCCGCCCGAUGUGUGGUGUUUUUUAGCUGUAUGUAUGUAUGUAUAUUUUUAAAAGAAAAUUUGUUAAAUUUGCCAUAUAUAAAUACACACCAGAACUAUUAAAAAAAAGUUA